CAUUAGACAGAGGAGGGUGGGGCGCCAGUAAAGAUUUCUUAAUGGGCUCUUCAGUCUUCUCGUCCAUCUGCUGUGAUGACAAACGCGCAGCUUGUCCACAUCAGCCUGCUCUGCAAACAAGUCCUUCAUUUCACCUCAAAAAGAUUACUUCCAGCCCCUUCACCCAAAGCUGGAGCCUCACUUCUUUCAGCACUUUCCACUCCCGGGGAUGAAAAAGUGAGUUUUUCUGGAUUAUUUGAAGGAAUACGUGAAUGUCUGAUCACCUUCCGAGCGCAUGGGGCUCUCCAUCCCGUCCGGAUCCGAGUGACGCUAUCCGUUGGGCCUCGGCGCCGACCUCGCAGUGGAGACCAUGCCGUCCCUGCACCAUGGAGCCAUUUUCAUCGGUGCCUUCCUCAUCGUGACGGGCGGCUCCACCGCCUUCCUGGCGUCGUCGCAGAGCCGCCUACAGCCCUUCUCCCUGUGCUGUGUGGUGCUGGGGGUGGUCAUGCUCAUCUUGGGGCUCUUCUGGGCCAUGAACAGCAAGGGCACCUCCAACUACGACCAGCAGGAGUUCGACCCCGACUGCCCUCACUACCCUUACAAUGAGUACGCUGGUUACAGCAGCCAUGCCCUCUUUGCGCACGACGCCACUCGCUUCCCGGAGUCCCAAUCGGUCUUUAUGCCAGGGACACUGGAUUGCCAACGACAAGGCACUCGCAGCGAGGACUUUGACUACCCCCCCAUGGAUCACGGUGGCUUCAGCCCGUCGCCGCAUCCUCCCCCCUGGCUGGGACCUCCGCCUCCCUACGAGGUGGCCAUCAAAACCACGUGCAGCUCCACGCACCUGCGUCGCGCCUACUCUGACACGCACCUAGCCGCCGAGCCACUGUUCGGACGCUCCAGAGAGAUUAGCUUUGAGGUUUAAAAGUCACAUCCAACAUCACGCUUAUCUUCAGUAGGGUGAUGUCACGAGUGAGAUGGAGCCGAGCCCGGACGACUUUGGGUGGAGGCGGGUGGGGUACACCUUGGACAGCUUGCCAGGCAAUACCUGGGAAUAAACACUCACACCUAUGCACAAUUCAAGAGUCUUCAAUUAACAUAAUAUGCACGUUUUUGGAGACAUAGAGUGAAUGUAAAAAAAGGUUGACAAACAUGCCAGAAAUGAGAAAAUAGACCAAAUUCAAAACAUUUCCGACAAAUAAUGUAACUCAAUACAGUACGACUCAAUUGAAAUUGUUCAUAUAUUUUCAAAAAAAAGAGGAAUGAAAAGAAAUGAUUGAACUAAUGGGGUUGCAAAUGUGUGCACACCCUCUUAGCUAGGAUGCGGCUGCGCUCAGAAAAAAAACAAUCACAUUGAAACUCAUUUUUAAAUGGGAGUCAGCACACACCUGCCACCAUUAAAAGUGCCUCAGAUUGACCCCAGAUACACUUUGGCUGCUUUAGUAGGAUUUUCCUGCCUUUAUUUUGCUUUCUCGCUAAAGGUUUUGGGCUAAGA